UUGUCAGGUGGCGCUGUCGCUGUGGAAAGAUGCGAUCAGUGGAGAGAGGAGGCUUUUCCUUAAUUGCUCAUUUCAGCCACACAUCCUAAAAAAAGCCUUUCCAGAACCCCGACAGAACCGGAGAAGUUCCACACACGCACCUAAUCCACGGCUGUCUUCCGAGAAAUGUGGACGUUGUGAGGGGACGACGCAAGACUUUUAACCCCGGCAGGUUUCGGCUUGAGAGCUCCAGUAUGUCCAAACGGCGUGCAUCGGAGAGGGGGGCCGGAGAGACGUCGGGCAGAGCCAGCAAGCUGCAGUGUCCUGGGAUAUCUGGCAGUAACGCCAAGCGAGCUGGACCGUUUAUCCUGGGGCCUCGUCUGGGCAACUCACCAGUGCCCAGUAUAGUGCAGUGUCUGGCCAGAAAAGAUGGCACCGACGACUUCUAUCAGCUCAAAAUCUUGACACUAGAAGAGCGAGUGGACUCUGCUGGCGAGACUCAGGAGGAGAGGCAGGGGAAGAUGCUGUUGCACACCGAGUAUUCCCUCCUGUCCCUGCUGCACAACCAGGAUGGGGUGGUGCACCAUCACGGCCUCUUCCAGGAUCGAGCCUACGAAAUAGUCGAGGACAUGGAGGCCAACAAGGUGCGCAAGAUGAAGAAGCGCAUCUGCCUUGUGCUCGACUGCCUGUGCGCCCACGACUUCAGCGACAAGACGGCUGACCUCAUCAACCUCCAGCAUUACGUCAUCAAGGAGAAGCGGCUGGGCGAGCGCGAGGCCAUAAUAAUCUUCUAUGACGUAGUGCGCGUGGUGGAGGCCCUGCACAAGAAGAACAUGGUGCACCGAGACCUCAAACUGGGCAACAUGGUGCUGAACAAACGGACGCACCGAAUUACCAUCACCAACUUCUGCUUAGGAAAACACCUGGUGAGUGAGGACGACCUGCUCAAAGACCAGAGAGGAAGUCCGGCCUACAUUAGCCCUGAUGUGUUAAGCGGUCGUCCAUACCGUGGUAAGCCAAGUGACAUGUGGGCUCUCGGUGUGGUUCUGUUCACCAUGCUGUACGGCCAGUUCCCCUUCUACGACAGCAUACCUCAAGAGCUCUUCCGCAAGAUCAAGGCCGCAGAGUACUCCAUCCCAGAAGAUGGCCGUGUGUCUGAGAACACUGUGUGCUUGAUCCGCAAGCUGCUAGUGCUGGACCCUCAGCAGAGGCUGACUGCAGGGGAGGUGCUGGAGUCCCUCAGUGACAUCAUUGCCUCAUGGCAAUCAGUUUCAUCACUAAGUGGCCCCCUGCAGGUGGUGCCGGACAUUGAUGACCAGGUCAACCACCCAGAGCAUCUACAAGAGGCCAAGGUAACAGAGGAGUCCUCGCAGUACGAGUUUGAGAACUACAUGCGUCAGCAGCUCCUGCUGGCUGAGGAGAAGAACACUAUCCACGAGGCCAAGAGCUUCCUCACCAAGCGCCAGUUUGGCAGCCUCCCCCCGGUCAGGCGGCUGGGCCACGAUGCACAACCCAUCAGCCCGCUGGACGCCGCCAUCCUAGCGCAACGUUUCUUGCGCAAGUAGCUCUCGACAAAAACCUCCCCCCCCUCCCGAAACUCUCACUGAGGAAAAAUGUAACUAACAAGGGGUGGAAUUUUGUCCAGGGUACAGCCCUCAUGUGUAGGUGGGCUUUGGUGGGGCACGAUAGUGCAAGUGAACAAACUGCAAAGACAGACAGACCCGGGAACCAAAGGUCGCUUGCCCCCCCCAUCUCGUCACUGUGGACCCCCGCCACAUCUCCUCUCUCCUGUCCAUGUUGGUUCUCCUGAGCAAUACAGGAUCAGAAUCAUGUAGCAGCCCCUUCCUCUAUAACCUCACGGCAGACCUCCAUUCAAUCUUCCUUCCUCUUCUCCUUUCCUUCCUCUGUUUUGGGAAAAAAAAGUCAAUCUACCUCUCUCGUCUUCUCUUAUCUCUGUUGGUAAACCACGCUCACUGUUCUGAGACCACACCAGUGACAUCAAGCAUCCAUGUUCCUGUCAUGUCCGUGAUGCUUGGGAAAACACAGGAAAACGGAAUAAGCUUUCCUUUUUUUUAUUCCUUUUAAUCAUAUUGAUCUCGGAGUAGCAUUUUAAUCCCAUUUGGAAGCGGGACAACAUCAAAGCGUGUCUACCAGCACGCAGAGAACACGUUGUCGCAGACAUCUUGUUUUGUUUAGUUUUUUUUUCUAGCAGCAGGCAGCUAGCAUGUGGAACCUGGAAGUCACCAUGCCAAGACCCCACUCUAACCCACCCCGAUAUGACGCCAUGAACAUUUGCUCUUGGGUGCCAUCGCCAAAAAUCAUUGUCCUAAAAAGCCACGGAACUGGUACUCGGGUCUUUUGUUCAAGUACCGACUUCCAGGUACCGUUUUACCUGUAGUGUGAAUGUGAAUGAGACUUUGACAUGCGCGUGUGUGUGUUUCCAGCCAAGGCCUACCAAGCCGUUGACCUCGGCAGCCGUCUUUAAGCUAUUCUCAUGUCUUUUUUUUUUUUUGGGAUGCUUUUCCACUGCACAACACCGACUCAAGUCAAAUUUGGGGAUGGUCCUGGCAGUUGCUUCUUGGCCGAUGGGAACACAGUAACAGGGUAGGCUAAUGUUAGCGUGUCACCUUGUAUCCUCAAAAGUCCACCGAUUUACCUGGUAUGUCUGGCGUCAGUGGAGCAGACUCGGUACCGUGCAGUGGAAAAGUGCCAUUUUUUAAAAAUGUUUAUCUGGCACACUGUGAAAAAGCCAAGACCAACACCGAGCAAUGUUUUCAUCCCCUGUGAGUUGUCUUUUCUGUACAUGCAUGUAUUAUUAUUAUUAAUGUUAUUAUCCCACUGUUUUAGGUGCUUGCUGAUUCAUACUGUAAUUUUUUUUCUCACAGGUUUACUAAGUUUAUAAUUGCCCUGUAUUGUGGUGAAUUCCUCCUUUUUUUCCCCUUUCAUGUGUAGUUUUUGUUUUUCAAGCCCUGUCAAAGCCAAGCACCAGCAGCGACUGUUAGGCCUAUUGUACACCACAACCCCCCACCCCCCCAUCCCCCACCUCAAUUCCUCACUAUUUAUAUCCUCCACUUUCCCUUCCACGUCAUCCUGGUGUAAUGAGAUUUAUUUAUUGUUCACUUAAAACCAAGAGGUAGACGUGUUGAUGCUUUCAGCUACAAUCAUGACAAAAAGUAGCGGCCAUUUCUUGCCAUAUUGCCACCAAUUUAAGCUACCCUAACUUGACUUAUGAUUUGUGCAUAUGCUUUUUUUUGGUUAUUUUUUUUAUAGCGCAAUUUAGCUAUCUUAGUUUUUGUUAAGCUUAACUCUUAUACUUAAGGAUAUUGUUUUUUGUGGGGUUUUUAAUAAAUAAGCUUUUUUAUAAAUACAAAUGCCACAUGCAUAGUUUUUUUUUUUUUUUUUUACAUAAUCCAUCUUUUUUUAUAGUUUUUUUGGUUUUGGAUUAAAAAAAAUUUUUUUAACUUGCACAAAUUUUUUUUCCUCCUUGAAGUAAUUAAUAAAGUUUUUUUUUUUUUACACAAUUUAUCUUUUUUGUUAUUUAAAUUAAUUCCUAUCAGACGUAUGCAUUGCUGUUUUUUUUUUUAAAUCAAGCAAUUGACCCUUUUUUGUUUCACACAGUACUUUUUAAAAAUAUAUGUUUUCUCUUUUCCCCUCACCCACCACAACGAUUGUGGCUCUUUCGAUCAGCAUGUAAAUAUUCCCUAGCAUGACUGCGCCACAUCCCCUCCCAAAAAAAGUAAUCCCAUAUAAAGACGUAACUUGAAUGGACAUCCAUCAGUAUUGUCGUAGUCAUGCAUAUUCCAUGAGAAAAGCCUGUUUUUAAUUAACACAGAAUGAUGAUAUUAAGUGGGAAAAGGCCACAAAAUGAGUAAUUAGCGGGAUUUGUUGUUUUUGUCUAGCAGAGUUGUUUCUAAGGCCGUACUGUGGUUUGAAAAGCAUGAAAGUAGUGUGUGGUGAUGCGUUGCAUGAUUUUAGAACAAGCAAGGUUGUCCCCGCCACUAUUUUGGUAGCAAAAAAUGGUAUCAAAAAGUUGUUCAGACAUUUCCCUCCACUAUAGCCAAAUUGUGUGAAUAUUUCCCCGCCUAGUUUAGUAGCAACAUUCUAUUUGCCAGCUCUCCCCCACCAGCCUUCCUGCUUUUUAAAGUCUUGGGUAUAUUCCAUAUGUAUUGCAGACUAGUUUCAAGCGGAAACAGCGGUGUGGUUUCACAUUUGACAAGCCAACAGUUGACUAUGUUGGAAGUUGGUGGUCACAAAUGGGCAUCUUCAUACAGAUUUCAAUGACAUUAUUGUACAGUCGAGGGGGGGGAAGAACACCUUUGUAUAAAAAAAAAAAUCAUAUUUUUCUACUUCAUCAAAAACUCUACAUGCAUGUCAGCAAUAAACUUUGAUAUGGAAAACAAGCGGCCUUGUUGGUG